AAUAAUCAGAGAAGAACCUCUGACUGCGAUGGAACCUGUUGUCGACGCUGAUUCUUCCUCUUGCGCGCAUGGAAUAUUUAUUUCUUCCACAACAAGUGAGCUCGUGCAGGAAUAAAGCAGCAGAAAGAGUGGAUGAGUGCGUGCGUGCGUGCGUGCGUGCGUGUGUUUGAUGUAAUGGUCUGCGCUAUUGUGCGGCGAACAGCUCCCAACUUGUUGUUCCUUCUGUCCGUUACUCGCCGUGUGAUCGACGACUCAGCACAUUUGUGACGAGGAUGUCCGCAGGUUGCCAGGAGGGUUUGAGGAUUUCACGGACAGUGAAGUGAUUUUCCUUUUCUUGGCUGCUGUGUGGAGAAGGGCUGCUAAAAAUAGCCCGAGUGCUGAUGGGGUUACAACGAACAGGUCGGUGGUGAGCUGAAACUUAGAGGAGGCAUGUGGAGAGAUGCUCACUUGUAGGACAUUUGAAUUCACAGCACGGAGAAAGUAAGAGCGCAGCAUUGAGAGAAAGAACGUUUACCUUUUGUUAUUUUUGUUGGAAGUAUUGAUUCACAUCAGUGUACUUCACUGGGGAGGAGAACAGAGACCAACAGGCGAUCCUGGGAGCAGCUUGUUGAUGGCACUGCGCACCAGCAGGACUUGGUUUGGGCAGGUCUUGCGCAGGGUCUCUCGGCUGCAGGGCUCCUGGUCCAGGCGAUCCAGUAGUCUCUUGUGUCUCUCCGCGAACCAGGAGCAGGACUUGGGGUUCUGUCGCCGGGAUCAGUACAAGGCGGGGGAUUACUGCUCCGACUCCGGCGUCCGCCGCGGCCAUCUUCACCGGAGCGCACCUGUCUGCGCCUCCGUCUCCAGGCGCUGUCCACACGGCUUUCCCAACGCUUGUUGCGCCAUCCCGGGGAACCCGAGGGGACAUGAACCCCUCGGCCGCCGGUUCCUGUUGGCCAUGAAGCGGCAAAACGUGCGGACCUUGUCCCUCAUCAUUUGCACGUUUACGUACCUGCUCGUCGGGGCCGCGGUCUUUGACGCCCUGGAGUCCGACUUCGAGAUGCGGGAGAAGGAGCAGCUGGAGGCGGAGGAGAAGCGUCUCCAGGGGAAAUAUAACAUCAGCGAGGAUGAUUACCGCAAACUGGAGUCCAUCAUCAUGGAGGCAGAGCCCCACAGAGCAGGGGUGCAGUGGAAAUUUGCAGGCUCGUUUUACUUUGCCAUCACGGUUAUAACAACCAUCGGCUACGGGCACGCGGCACCGGGGACGGACGCGGGGAAGGCCUUCUGCAUGUUUUAUGCCGUGCUGGGAAUCCCUCUGACUCUCGUCAUGUUUCAAAGUCUCGGCGAGAGGAUGAACACUUUUGUCAAGUACCUGCUGAAGCGCAUUAAGAAGUGCUGCGGCAUGAGAAUCACCGACGUGUCCAUGGAGAACAUGGUGACUGUGGGGUUCUUCUCCUGCAUUGGCACGCUGUGCAUCGGCGCCGCGGCCUUUUCCCACUACGAGGACUGGAGUUUCUUUCAGUCCUACUAUUACUGCUUCAUCACGUUAACAACUAUAGGCUUCGGGGACUUUGUGGCCCUUCAAAAGAACCGGGCCCUGCAGAAGAAGCCCCUGUAUGUAGCCUUUAGCUUCAUGUACAUCCUGGUGGGCCUGACGGUCAUCGGGGCCUUCCUCAACCUCGUGGUGCUCCGCUUUCUGACUAUGAACAGUGAGGACGAGCGGCGGGACGCGGAGGAGCGGGCCUCGCUCGCCGGCAACAGGAACAGCAUGAUCAUCCACAUCCAGGACGAGACGCUACAGCGCGAGCGACAGCGGCGCGAGCCGUACCGGGCGGAGGUGACCGACCUGCAGUCCGUCUGCUCCUGUAUGCACUACCACUCGCACGAGUUUGGCAGUUCCGGGAGAGGGAUGGCAGGUCUCGGCUGUGCCUUUCCCCAUCAGAACUCCUUCAGCUCACAGCUGCACCCCAAUCAGUACUUUCACUCAGUAUCUUACAGGAUCGAGGAGAUUUCGCCCAGCACCUUGAAAAACAGCUUCUUCCCGUCGCCCAUCAGCUCGGUGUCUCCGGGCCUCCACAGCUUCACAGAUAAUCACCAGCUCAUGAGGAGAAGGAAAUCCAUCUGAAGCCCGACACACAUGGGACAACCAGGGUCCAUGUUUUAUACAGAAGGUCACACACAGUUCCAAUGCUGCUCCUUUACCAAAUCUUAUUUCAGCACUUUCUUUUGUUUCCUUUGAUGUAAUAUACUGUAUAAAGUAUUCUUGGGGAACAGAUGACGACGAACACUGCGCAGGACGGCAAGUGUGGACACAUCGGGAUGCAAAGCAUGAAGCAUGGAUGUCUAUUUUUUCAAGAGAUUGCUCCAUUUAAAAAAAACACCACACAGACUAUACAUGAGACCUUCCUUAUUCAUAUAUUUGCAGUACAAAUUGAUAAUAUAUGAACUUUGGUCACAUGCCAAAUGAUGCACACAUGACAAAUGCUAUUUUUCAAAAGGGGGAAAUGCUCGUUUCACCUUAACUUGAAGAACCUUGUCCCCUUCUAUACUCCUCCAUUAGAGAAUAUAGCAUCAGGUAUUGUUUUCUAUAAGCAAUUAUGUAUUCCGAUGGUUUUGUCACACAUCAAGCCAAAAUUAUUGUUGCCAAUAUUAGCAUGUGCAUCAGAUGUCAUUGAAGCGAGUGUGCCAUGGGUUUUGUGACAUCAUCCUUAGGUCUGUUUGCAGAACAGAUGCAUGAUGGGUAACAGUUUGUCUUGGAUAUAAAGGACCAUGCUGCUGUUAUUGACGUUUUCCCUUCAUACGGGGAAUCAAAUCUGGCCACAGAAGCUUUAAUCUGUCACCCACUGCCUUCCCUCAUGACGAGUCUUCAAAUGAUUCCACCGGUGAAAUCCGUGUUUAGUUCUUCUCUUGUAGACAUUCACUCUUCUUUUACCUCAGACGCUUGUGCCAACACUCAUGAAUCACAGCAGAAUAAAUCCCUCCAUAAAAGAGGUAGACAUACAAGUAUGCUGUCAUGUCACAUUAAUCCAGUGGUUCCAUGACAGUGGACAUUACCGUGACCCUGAAGGUGACUGUCGCACAUUCUAACAUGUUCUGCUCGCCCGACCCGCGUGAACCAGCGUGUGAACCAGUGUCCUGCAUGCUCAGCACAGAUGUCGCCCCCUGUCCAUCCAUUUUCUACCGUUUCGGGGCACAACCUGGACAGUGUCCCUGUCCAUCACAGGGACACAACAACCAUUAAC